AUGACCGAUGACUCGCUCACCACAACCCCGCGCAGAAGCGCCCGCUUCACACCAUCUUCAUCAGCCUCGGGACCCUCGCAGAACCUGCGCAAACGAGCCCGCCCGUCGACUGACCAGAACACAUUCAACAAGUACGCCGCUACGACCACUUCCCCGCUGAGGGCCUCGUACACGAGGGCAGAGAAGCGGAGACGGAUUGAGGAAGCUGCUGAUCCCAAGGGCAAGGGCAAAGCGAUUGCACCCCCGGAACCUGCCCCACGAGCCAACCACCGCAAACGCAAAUCCCUGAGUGCACUGGACGACGAUGUCGUGCUCAAAAAGCCGCAGGUCGACGAGGACGAGCCGCCGCAGCCAGUGACCGUCGGGCGUCGGGUCAAGAAGAAGCGGAAAAGUGCAGAGGUGGAAGACACGACAGUGCCGCAAAACCCGUUCGACAUCGUCCAAAUCGCCAGAAUCGGUGUCUCCUCGCAAGCGGACGAGGGGAAGGGCGACGCAGCCGCCGACGACGGACACAUCGAUCUCGAGAAGGUUUACUCGCAGCACACUGACUUCUUCCAAUCCAUCAACUCACAUGCCACCACCAUCGCCAACUCUAUCCAUGAUGUCCUCUUUAUCGAGUCUACCACCCAGUCCGGUGACUUCGCCUACCCAGACACGACUACCAGCGCUACCCCUACCCACCACAUCGCCUAUCAUAGAGAACCCAACUCCGAAGCCGCGAUCUUCGACGGCGAGGAAGAGGAGGGGGGCGGCGGCUGGUACUGGCCCGCGGAGGAGGUCGAGCCGGCUGAGUGGCGGGGUGUUGGAGAGCCCUCCCGAGCCUCCAGCACCUGUGCCGUCGACCUCCUCACCGAUGUCCAGCCCUCUUACCCCCGUGGCGUCAUCUGUUCAGCCUACACCGGCGCCUGCGGCCUCUUCACCGACACCGACGCCCGCUGGAUCCCCCUCGAAGCCUUCCCCUCUCCGCUCACCCGCUACACUCCCCCCUUCCGGAUCUAUCCCCCCACUUUCACUAUCCCUCGCGCAACUCUCACCCCCACAGUCGAGAGAGCGGCAGCAUAG